UGGGAAAACGAAAACACCACGACGAAGAAGAGUAUUUGGCUCGAAAAAUCAGAAAAUACGAGAAAAAGAUGUCUCGAGUUCGCCGUAAACAAAGGAGUUACCGCAGUGCAUCCAUUUCAAGUUUAGAACGUGAUCGAUAUUCGGAUAACGAAUACCCCGGGUCGCCGCAGGAGACUCCACAAAACGGAGGAGCCCCUUAUGAAGUAAAUUUUACAUUAAAUCAAACUUCACAUUCAAACGUCUCGGCUACCAAUAGUAUAUCCGUGCCCGCACCGACGGCAACUUUUGCUCCCGCACCUGAUCCUACUUCUGUUGUUAUACCCGUGGCCACGUCCACGCCAAAUAUACCGCCGCCGCUAGAAAAUGCGCCUACGGAAGGUAUACAGGAAUUAGACCUACAACCUGAUAUUUUGUGUUUACUCGGAGAAGAGCCUGUGAGGGAAGAGAAGUUCGGUGUGAAUGUUCACAAAGACAUUGCUAGCCGCUGGUCUGAUAUAUUAGUUAAUGGUAUUAAGGAUCAAACUAAAAAUGAGAUAUUGAAGGCCUAUAAUGUACCUGAUAAUCUUAGAGUUGCUCAGGCUCCGACACUUAAUCCUGAAAUAAGAGCGGCGGUGAAUGAAAGUGCCUUGAAGAGAGACGAUAUUCUGAUUGAUAAACAGAAGAUUUUGUCUGUUGUCAUAACAAGUUUGGCAAAUACAAUCACGUCUGUUUUGACAACUACUUCCAUCGACGAGACGUUCAAGUGUCAGAUGUUAAAAUGCCUUAGUGAUGCCGGUAGACUCUUGUGUCAUGCACAUUAUGAUGAGACACAAACUAGAAGGAAUUUUUUGCUGUCGUGCCUUAACAAAGAGAUCAAAGAUAGUGUUAAGGACCUUAAACGUGAUCACAUGUUAUUUGGUACUGAUCUUCAAGAUAAUUUAAAAUCUAUGAAAGCUAUUAUAAAAACAGGUUCCGAGUUAAAAUCUUCGGCUGCUAAGCCGAAGUUACCACCCAAAAAUUUGCAACCGAAAGGAUCAACUCCAAGGGCUUUAAACUGGAGGGGCCCGCCACCGCCGCAGUCACAGCCUCGCCGCGCGCCAGCGAGACCGAACCCGACGGCUGGUGGGCGCAAGCAGCAGCCAUCAACGCGCCGUGCGACGGACCGUCGUGCUCCACGUCAGCAGAGCCGGCCCUCGCGCCGCUAGCCGAGGUGAACGGCACUAAUGUACAGGCUGGUAGAUUGAAAUAUUUCUAUUAUAAUUGGUUACACAUCACGAAUGAUCCAGUAGUCUUAUCCUGGGUUAAUGGUUUGCGAAUUCCUGUUUCAAAUGAUAUCUUUCAGUCUAGCAUUUAUCCACAAAACACUCCCAAAUCCAAUGCAGAUGAGUUAGCCAUGACUAAAGAAAUUGAGAAUCUUUUAAGUAUUGGCGCCAUUAGUCUAUGUGAACCAUGUGAUGGUCAAUUUUUAUCAAAUAUCUUUCUUGUCAAGAAGAGCAAUGGAACCAAUAGAUUUAUUUUAAAUUUAAAAUCAUUAAAUAAGUUUAUUACCGCGCCACAUUUUAAACUUGAAGAUUACAGAACUGCAAUGAGGCUCAUGUCUAAGCAUGCUUACAUGUGUUCAAUUGACCUUAAAGAUGCAUAUUUUUCAAUUAGUGUUCAUUGCGAAUCUAGAAAGUAUUUGCGUUUUUAUUGGUUAGGAAAGCUAUAUGAAUUUCAAGUUUUACCAUUUGGUCUUAAUAUAGCACCCUAUGUUUUUACAAAAAUCAUGCGCCCCGUAAUGGAAUUUCUGCGUAAUCAGGGGCUAUUGUCUGUCAUUUAUUUGGAUGAUUUGUUGUUAUUCGGAAAUACUAGUAGUGACUGUAAACGAAAUUAUGAAAUUACUCAAAACUUGUUGCAAUCACUAGGUUUUACAAUAAAUAUAAAAAAGAGUGUAAGUACACCCAGUCAAACUGCUAUCUUUCUAGGUUUUCUGUUUGAUUCACAAAAUUGUACAAUAAGCAUUCCUCUAGAAAAGAAACAAAAGAUCAAGGAUGAGCUCAUGCAUUUUUCUAGUUUAAAACGGUGCAAGUUACGUAACUUCGCUCAUAUGAUAGGAUUGCUAAUAUCGAUUUGUCCAGCAUCGCAGUAUGGCUGGCUUUAUACAAAGAAGUUUGAAAGAAUUAAGUAUCUGAGUUUGAAACAAAAUGAUGAUUACAAUCAAUACAUUAAUUUACCUAUGCCCUUACGUGAAGAAUUUGACUGGUGGUUACGUAACAUUGAUCAUUGCGCUAGCCCUAUCCGAUCUGGUGACUACAAGUUGGAAAUAUACUCAGACGCGUCUCGAACUGGUUGGGGUGUGAAUUGCUCUGGUAGAACCGCCAGCGGGCAAUGGUCUAGCGAAGAGUUGACAAAACAUAUUAAUUAUUUAGAGCUGAAAGCAGCAUUUUUUGGAUUACAAAUUUUUGCCAAAAAUUUUAGCAAUUGUGAGAUUCUUUUACGGAUUGACAACUCUACUGCUAUUUCUUAUAUCAAUAGGAUGGGUGGUAUACGAUAUCCCCAUCUCAAUUCAAUCAGUCGCAAGAUUUGGCAGUGGUGUGAAGAGCGAGGCUUAUAUGUUUUUGCUUCUUAUAUUAGUUCUCGUGACAACUAUAUCGCGGACGCGGAAUCUCGUCGCAUACAUGCUGACGUCGAAUGGGAACUCGCCGACGACGCUUAUCGUUUUAUAUGCAAAAAAUUUAACCAGCCUGAGAUUGAUUUGUUUGCAAGUCGAUUGAAUAAGAAAUGUUCGAAAUUUGUUUCUUGGCACAAAGAUCCCGAAGCAUAUAAGGUGGAUGCAUUUACUUUGACCUGGUCUAAUUAUUUUUUCUAUGCAUUUCCCCCAUUUUGCUUAAUAAUAAAAGUUUUACAAAAAAUCAUUUUUGAUAAAGCUGAAGGUAUUGUUGUGGUUCCUCUCUGGCCAACGCAGCCUUGGUACCCACUUUUUAGGAAGCUGUUGAUUACCGAGCCUAUUGAAUUAAAAUCUAAUACAAAAUUGUUGUCAUCCCCUUACAGUCGCGAACACAAGCUUCAAGAGAGUCUUACCCUGGUUGCCGGAGUAUUAUCAGGCAGGCGUUCCUGAGGCAGGGUUCUCCUUCUGCUGCUGCCGACGUCAUGUUAGCGUCAUUAGCAGAGAGUACACUUAGACAGUAUAAUACUUGUUUUAGACGUUGGUUCGCCUUCUGUCAAGAUAGGAAUUUGAAUUUAUUUGAUGUAUCUGUUACUCAUGUGUUAGAUUUUUUUGUUAUUCUUUUUCAAGAGGGUCAAAAAUAUGGUUCAAUUAAUAGUAAUAAAGCAGCACUGUCACUUGUGUUAAAUGCAGUGAUUAUGAAUGACCCUCAAGUAACGAGGUUUAUGAAGGGAGUAUACAAAUUGCGAACCCCACAACCAAGAUAUACUUUUACAUGGGAUCCGGCUAUUGUCUUAGAUUACUUAAGUGCUUGGUACCCUAAUUCAGACCUUUCGUUUGAGAGACUGUCCAAGAAAUUGACAACACUUUUGGCCUUAAUAACUGCACAUCGGGUACAGACAUUGUCGUUAAUUAAAUUGUCUAACAUUAAAAAAUACAAUGAAAAGUUCGUAAUUAACAUCACAGAUCAAAUCAAAACCUCGGCGGUGAAUCGUACGCCGCCAACAUUGAUUCUUCCUUAUUUCGAUGAAAGACCUUCCAUAUGUCCUGCUAGGACUUUAGAACAUUAUUUAAGUGUAUCAGCAACAAAGAGAAAAUCUAACUGUGAUUCCUUAUUGAUUAGUUUUAAGAAACCGUUUAAUAAUGUAACUUCACAAUCUUUAAGUCGUUGGAUCAAGGUCACCCUUCGUGAAAGUGGCAUAGACACGUCUAUUUUUUGUGCACAUAGCACAAGACAUGCAGCAACGUCUGCCGCCAAUAGGUUCGGAGUGAGCUUAGAUAUAAUAAAAAGAACCGCAGGUUGGACCGGUAGAUCUGAAACCUUCGCAAAGUUCUACA